AUGUUUGAGUACACCGACUAUCACACGGUCUUCCCCGCGGGGGCCCAAGUGCCCUACGAUCGCAAGCGCAUCCACGAGAUCGAGGCGCGCCGGAAAGAUUUGGGUGGGCAGCUCUUUAUGGAUCGAGUUCUGAAGGCACUGGGAAUCAGCAAAAAAUAUGUUGCCCACCCGUCAUUGGUACCAGACUUUGCAGAUGAUAUCGUCAUCACUCUUGUGCAGCAUGCUUCGGAUGGCGAUUACGACCUUGCGCUAUCUUACUACCAUACUGUUCAGCCGGUUCUAAAGUCUUCCAAAGCUCUGGAGCUUAUCUUUGGCGCUAUGGCUCAAACCAAUGUCACUGAAGCGCUCCUAUGCUCCCGCACAUACCCAGAGUAUACCCGCGAGCUCCUCUUUCGGCAGCUGAUUGCAGAGACUCUCGGUAGCAAGUCGGGGCAGGCAGACGAACUGGCAUUCCUGCCGUUUGACUCUCUUGAGGAGGUGUGGUUUGAGGAAUAUCUCUCUACUGGUGAAGGCAGAAAUCUUAAAAAGGCAAAAGAUACUCUCCUCGUCCGCAAAAUUGCCAGCGACCGAUUUGGAGAGAUUCGAACACAGAGGACGAGCAGCCAGUGGGGACCUGUAUUGGAAGGCAUCAAGCUGGGCAUUGAGGGGCAAUUUGAAUAA